AAGGAAAAGAAGAAAUAAGACACGCACUGGCUCAGAUUCAUUAAAUAUUUUUUCUCUCUCGGAUGAAUUUCCCCACAAGAGGUGGCUGGUAAUUGUGGCUAGUACCGCAAUCGGUAAAACGGUGCCUACUGCUGUCCCCACUCUUAAUCUUGGUCUGGACCGCAUUGACGGAUCUAGGAACUGGCAAGUUACGCAACACGCAUGAUCUCUCCUGCAACUUCGAUAUACCGUUCAUGUAGUCAUCUCUAACUCAGCCAACCACAUUCCCGAUUACCUAUCCGAAGACCCUCUAAAAUCUAGUAAGCAGGCGCUCGACUAUCUUAAUUCGACAACAUCUACCACGGGUUCUCCUUUUCAACCGAGAUACUCUCCGCGAGAGUUUCGACUAUCCCAGCCACAGUCAACGAGUGAAAGAAAGGAGCAGCAAUCAUCACCAUGGCCAACCCUCUCGACACCGACGCCGGCUCCGAGCUGUUCAGCAGCUACGAAGCCGAAUUCAAGCUCGUCCAAGCCGACUUGACCCAAAAACUAGACCAGAUCCCCGAGCUCAGCGGCGAGCCGCGCAAGGCCGCUAUCAGCGCCGCCGAGCGAGCCCUCGAGGAAGCCGACGAACUGCUCGGCCAAAUGCGUCUCGAAAAACAAAACAUCCCCUCCUCCACACGCCCCAAAAUAAACCAACGCUUCCGGAACUUCGAAACCGACGUCGACAGCUACAAGCGCAAGCUCAACUCCCUCGCCUCGGACCGGGCCGCCCUCUUCGGGAACCGGUACACCGACGACCCAACCCCGUCCGACGUGCAACUCGAGCAGCGGCAGCAGCUGCUCUCCGGCACCGACCGGCUAGACCGGAGCAGCCAGCGGCUGCGGUCCAGCCAAGCGUUAGCGAACGAGACGGAGGCGAUUGGCGCGGGGACGUUGGCGGACCUGCAUGCGCAGCGCGAGCGGAUCUCGCAUACGGGCCAGAUCUUGUAUGAGAGUGAGGGAUACGUCGAUCGUAGUGUGAAGACGCUGAGGGGUAUGGCUCGUAGGAUGGCUACGAAUCGGGUGAUUACUAUUGCUAUUAUUACAGUGCUGGUGAUCCUGAUCUUCGCUGUUAUUUACAGCAAGUUCAGGUGAACAACACAACAAGAGAGAAGGGCGACAGACCGAAGAAGUUGGUCGGUCGUUGUAUAGGGGAAUGGAGGAGACGACGAGUGAAUGUGGCAUCUGUAAAUUUUUUCAAUCCUGCCAAGUGUAAUGUCGAGAGAAGUUUGCAGUUACAAGAACGGCGUUUGGGGAGCGUUAAACAAGGGGACCAUUGGGAAGAUUCUCAUUAUCACGGUCGUUUCUCGUACAUAUUCCCUACCGUAGUCUUCAGAGGAGGCUACGUUCGGAUUGGCUUUGACUUCACAUUAAUUAAGAACAAGGACGUUUGAUGGU